CUUAGGAUGAAUCUUACGAAUCAUACGAAUCAUACCAUCGGGUGUCUCACUUACUCACAGGCAAUGCUUCCGACCCCAGGUUCCACCCUCGAGAUCGAUUAUCAAUGAUGUCGAGCGUUGUUUCCAGAUUCCCGUUCCGAGUACUCCGUUCUUCCACCGCGGACCUGUCCCACCCCGCUACGCCAAAUCAGUGACCAACGUCGAUUGCGCUCAGCCUUACAUGAACACGUUUGAAGGGGAGCAAUGACCAAAGGCUGCUAUACUUGCCGUCGUCGCCGGAUUGUGUGCGACAAUGGGUUGCCCACCUGUCGCAAGUGUCGCGAUGCGGGGAAGGAAUGUCUGGGCUAUCAGAAACCCCUCGUCUGGGUAAAGGGCGGCGUCGCCAGUCGGGGUAAAAUGAUGGGUCGCAGCUACGACGAUGUGGUGAAGAGUGCUGCGAGUGCAAGACAGGACAAUGACUUCAGCUCCUCUUCACCAACUUCGACAGCGUCCCCCGACACCAUCGGCCCUGCACUCCCGCACGACACCGAUCGUUUUGAGUCGUCGCACGAAUCCAACGACCUGGCAAUGACCGACGUUGGGGCUUACGAUCAGAGCCUCGUCAUACAGCGCACUCCUCAGCUUCUUGACUCUGUCCCUACACCCUGGGGUCUGGUGGAUCCAUUAUUCAAGGAUUUGGACAAUUGUUCCAGGCAAUACAUCAUUCAUUUCAACCAGUAUCUUGCCAAUUAUCUUACACUCUAUUCAAAUGGCAAAAAUCCGUUCCGCGAUUUGACUCCCUUAGUUGGCGACUCCUCCCUACUCGCCCACGUGCUUUCAGCCUUGGGGGCUUUACACUACGCCAUUCUAGCCGAUGAAGAUUUCUCUCCGGGGCCCUGGAGCGUGGAAAACGCAGCCGCAGGAACAUCGCUCUCGUCGGAGGACGUAGAGAAGGCUGUGAUCGGAUCCCUGUCGCGCCGACCGGCCUCGAAAGUAUACGAGCAUUUCCUCGGAUUCAAACAGCGUGCAUUGCAGCGAUUGUCGCAAGACAUCCAGGAUCCCGUCAUGCGCCACGACAACCGAACGCUGGCCGCCAUCAUGUUACUUGCACUAAUGGAUGCGAUUGAAUCCGGCGACGGAGCCUGGAAGUACCAUCUGGAAGGGGCCAAGAAACUCCUGAAAGGCCGCCAAGAAGGGAACCACCCACAUGGCCCAGCAACCCAGGGGCUCUUCUCCUGGUUAGAUGACUUCGCGAUAGAUGGCAUCCUCAUUAUCCAACUGAUGGGCUCUACGCUGGCCCGCCCCGGCUCCCUCACGCGACCCUUCUACACCUCAAACAUGGGCCCAGCGGUCCUCAAGCGACUCGAGGAGACAUCCUGGGUCGGCUGCCCCGGCUACCUCCUCGAAGUGAUCUUCCUCAUCCACGCGGGCCUCUACAUGGAACAUGAUGACUCCCAGGGACCUGACGACAACAACAACAACAACCAAACCUCCUCCCCGCCCCACCUCCCCAAAAUGGUCUUCACCUCCCCCCACCUCUCCGCCCACGCCAACCCGCUCCAAUCCCCCGCCGCCCUUCUCGCCCACAUCCAAGCCUUCGACCCCGCCGCCUGGGCGGAAUCCAUGCAGAGCUUCCUCCACCUGCCGGACCUCUCCAUGCGCACCGCCCUCGCCACCAUCUACCAAGCCGCCGUCUACCUCUACGCCAGCCGCGCCCUCUCCCGCCCACGCCUGCCGGCGAAUCCCACAAGCUCGCGCCGCCACUUCGGCCUCCCCGCCGACCACGGGGCUGUCACCGACCUCCUCAUCCGCCAGAUCGCCCUCAUCCCCGUCGCCGACCCGCACUUCAAGUGCCUGAUCUGGCCCACCUUCAUCGCCGGCGCCGAGUGCGCCGACCCCGCCCUCCGCCCGUUCCUGCUCGACAAGCUCCGCGCCCUCUACUACGACAUCACCAGCGUCAACGUGCGCAACGCCGCCUGGGUGCUGAGUCUGAUGUGGCGCAAGCGCGAUCAGAGGGUCGAGGAGCGGCGCCAGCGGCGCCAGCACCACCACCAGCAGGAAGACACCCUCCCAGCCUCAACGAUCCCGUCGCCUGAUUCCUGGGCUUCGGCGCCGGAUCCGACUAUUCCUUUCACGACUAAUCCUAAUACCGGUCCUAAUGACCACGAUAAUGUUUAUAAUGACGAAGAUGAUGGUGAUGACGAUGACGACGACGAUGACGAUGACGAUGAUGACGAUUUCGAUUGGAUCCAGGAGCUGGAUGCGUCCCGGAUUGACUGGCUUUUUAUUUAAGCUCGUGCUCGUGCUCGUGGGAUGAGCGGUUUCGCGACCUCAGACCACUUCACGAUCUCGCGUAUAUCGGGCCGGUGGGGUUUCGGGGCAAGAAAGGGAACGCCAACCGGCUUGAGUAUGAAGCGAGGAUAUACCGCUCUAUCCACCGCUGGACAUCAAUCACAUUCUCUUCACCAGCUGUACAUAACUAUCUCUCUAGUUAGGACAGGAGCAGAACGGGGUGCAUAUAUCAUGACACAAAUAAGCCUUCUACAUACGACAGCGGCGUCUCG